GUCAGUUCUUUUGUGGAAUUCAGUGCGAAAAGAAGUGAAGAGACAUGAAGAUCUUUUGCUUUGUUAUUUCUUUGGCUAUUUCGAUGGUCUUGUGCCAUCCUCAACUUGGUGUUAAGACUCAUCAGGGGCCAGUAACUGGCAAUCUCUUGGCAAAUUCUACCAAUACAACCUAUUUAGGACCUCCACUGGGCUUCAAUGCAACGCAUCCUAUGAAUUUAUAUCCUUCUCUGGAUACUCUGAAGAAUGUUACUGAAGUUUGGAAAAAUACUACCAACAGAAAUCAAUGGUUCAACAGAACCCGCCAAGAAAUGUCCAGGGGGAUUUGCUAUGAGGAAGUUCCUACCGUCACAUUGGUGGCCAACCCACGCGGCAAUAUUCCCAUCGGCAACGGCUCAAAUCCCUCACUGAGUCGCAUUAAAAUCUGCUGUCAGGGCUACGAACGCAAUCCCCAUAACUUCAACCUGUGUGACCCCAUUUGCCACGAACCCUGCGUCAAUGGAUUGUGCGUAGCUCCAGGAACUUGUGCCUGCUACCCCGAUUAUGGCGUGGAUCUGGAUGGGAAGUGCGUUCCCGUGUGUCCAAUCGGAUGCAGCAAUGGCGACUGCCUUCCGGACAACACUUGUAAGUGCAAGAAGGGAUUUGUGCUUGAUCCCACAGGGAAGUUCUGCAUAGAAGGGGUUCAAUGUGACGUGCCCUGUUUGAAUGGCUACUGUACCGGCUACAAUAAAUGCACUUGUCACGCGGGCUACCUACCUCAUCCAACCAAUGGGCACAUGUGCAUGCCCUACUGUCCCUCAGGCUGCCCCAAUGGCGUCUGUUCCGGACCGAACUUCUGCAUUUGCAAUGCUGGAUUCAUCAAAGAUCGCAGCAUAAAGGGCAGUCAAGCCUGCAUCAGACGUGUUUAGAGAAACACACAACGCAACUAUUCUAUUUAGCACCGACAUGCACCAAUAUUGAACUGUUCUGAAACACACUGUUUUUCUAAGGCACAAAUCACUAUGAACAAAAUAAAUAAAAACUCCCCGUAAUUCAAAAA